AUGGAGGCUUCAGAUGCUCGGUCUGACGAAAAUUUGUCGCCGUCGAUUGUGAUUAAAUCUAUUUUCGAGGAUUUUAAUCUCUCUGGAUUGUCCGAUGAUGUAUAUCUUCGUGUUUUGGACAUUGUUACCAAAUACACUGGUGAGAUUCUCGUUGAUGCAAAAUGCUUCGCUACUUACGCUGGACGGCCAAAUAUCACUGAACAGGAUAUAAUAUUGGCUGUCGACUCGAAGAUUGAAAACAUCAUACUUGCUCCGCUUCAUCGUGGUCAACUUCUUGAAUACGCGGAAAAAAUUAAUAGCCAGCCUCUCCCUGCCAUUAAGCCUGGUCAAGGUAUUAAACUUGCACCAGAAAAGUACACUCUCACAGCUCCGAACUUCUGCAUCAAUUCUAGCACUGUCUCCGGUGGUGAUGCAAACGUACCCAGUGUGACAGGUGUUGCCUCUAGACUCGUGCUUCCAAGCUCUAAUCUUGGUGCUAACCCUGGCGGUGUUGCUGUUUACCGUGUGUCAAACACGCCGGGCACAUCUGCUCAAGGUCAACGCCCCAGCCUAAUCCCGGUUUCUUCCACUUCUGUCGCCUCAACAUCCGAUUCCUCGGGUUCUGGCAUUCACGUCAUCGCUCCCGUUGCCGCGCCUGCCUCUCUUAUUCGUGUACAGUCGUCCAAUUUUACAUCUUCUGGGCAUCCACUUGUGCGCACACCAACGCCGAACUCCAUUAACAAUAGUGAGUUGGGACGAUGUUUUUCGUUGUAA